AUGUACACAGACAAGGAUGUCGACGAGGUCACCGAGAUGUUCAAGGGCCUGUCAAAAAAGAAGAAGACCAAGAAGGUCAAAGAAACCGACGAGGGCGAGGAUGGUGCCACCGCAGACGGUGAAUUCGACCCGAGCGCAAUGAAGAAAAAGAAGAAGAAGGUCAAGAAGGUUGACGACUUCGAGGCCAAGCUGGCCGAGGCUGGUGUGGAAGAGGCCGGCGAGGAGCAGGUCGAGGAAGUGCCGGAGGGCGAUCUUGAGGCCGGAACGGGCAUUUGGGCGCACGAUGCUACACAGGUCAUCCCAUACUCGCUCCUGGUCUCGCGCUUCUUCUCCCUCAUCCAGAGCCACCAUCCCGAUAUGCUCGCCAGCGGCACCAAGUCGUACAAGAUUCCCCCGCCCCAGUGUCUACGUGAAGGAAACCGUCGUACCAUUUUCGCCAACAUUGCCGAUAUCUGCAAGCGCAUGAAGCGUUCCGACGACCACGUCAUGCAGUUCCUGUUCGCUGAGUUGGGUACCAGCGGUAGUGUGGACGGUAGCCGGCGUCUCGUCAUCAAGGGACGAUUCCAACAGAAGCAGAUCGAAAACGUUCUGCGGCGGUAUAUCGGUAUGUUUUUCACGUCACCCCAAAAUACAAGUCUAACCAAAAAUCCAGUUGAAUACGUCACCUGCAAGACUUGCCGCAGCCCCGAUACCGAGCUGAACAAGGGUGAGAACCGUCUGUACUUCGUUACUUGCAACUCCUGCGGAUCGCGCCGUUCGGUCGCGGCCAUCAAGACUGGUUUCCGUGGACAGGUCGGCCGCAGAAAGCGUACUGGUUAA